AUGGCGCCCAUGAAAAUCGCAAUUGUGGGGGCGGGUCCAGUCGGCCUCACUCUCGCCCGGCUGCUCUCCGACAAGACCAACGUCGAAGUGGUGGUUUUUGAAUCCGAAAGAUCUCGAGAUGCCCGUGGCCAGGGUGGCACCCUCGACCUUCACCCGACCACUGGGCUCGCAGCCUUGAAAGAGGCGGGACUCUACGACGAAUUUCUCAAGCGGGCGCGCUUUGAUGGCGAGGCACUGACUAUUUGCGACAAGCAUUUGAUUAAAUAUGUCAACCUACCUGGCGUGGAAGAGAAUUCAUCUCGUGGUCGACCAGAGAUUGAUCGCUAUCUACUGCGAGAAAUGCUCCUCGACUCCGUUCUAGAAGGGGUGAUUCGAUGGGGCUGUCGCCUGCGCUCCAUUGAUGAGAAACGGAACUUGAUUUUUGACUACGGCACGGAAUCCGGUUUUGACUUGGUCGUGGGGGCCGAUGGCGCUUGGAGCAAAAUUCGCAAACUGAUCUCAGACCAAAUGCCCAACUACUCUGGUCUCACUGGAAUAUCAUGGACGAUUCCAGAUGCUAAAGAGAAGGCGCCGGAAUGCUACAAACUCGUCAACCGAGGGUCACUGUACUCUUACUCUGACAGUCGUGGGAUUUUCAGCCAGCAACUUGGAGAUGGAAGCUUGAAUGUGUAUACUAUUUCUCCACGACCUGAAGAUUCGCAGAUGAGCGUGCCAUCCCACCUGGACAACGUCGAGGCAGUUAGAAAUGCUCUCCUGGAAGAAUUCUACGAGUGGGAUCCACGGCUGCUCAACAUUCUUCGUCAUGCUCAGGACCCCGUCCUCCGUCCUCUCUACAUGCUUCCUGUUGGUUGGUCGUGGAAGAACUACCCUGGUGUUACCAUCAUUGGAGAUGCUGCUCAUGUCAUGACACCGUUUGCUGGCGAGGGCGUGAACUUGGGAAUGCAAGAUGCCCUCAUGUUGUCGCGUGCUAUCAUCACAGCCUCCAACUCGCCCGACCCUGAAGCUAGCCUUCCAGGAGAGAUCCAGACCUUUGAGAAAGAUUUAUUCGUCAGGGCAAAAGAGACCGCGGGUCUCACCAAUGACAUGAUGACAUGGAUGUUCUUCACCGAUGGUUCGCCUCGGUCUGUCAUCGAGAAAGUCGGUCUGCGCAUCACGACCUUUCAUGAUAAGGGCCUUCUGUCCACUUUUAUGUAUCCCUUCUAUGCCGCCGCCGUUUAUAUGUAUUAUGCUAUGUUCAAGCUGUGGCACAGAUAA